GGCUCCAGCCAGCCGAGGAGGCGGCGGCGGCUCGGAGCGGACGAGCGGGCGCCUCAGCCAAGCGCGACCCGCCGGCGCUGCGCGGACGAGCAUAUCUGAUGCUAGAAACGGGGAAAACAGAAGACAAAGGACAUGUGAUGAUGAACAAGUGAUACAUUUCCCAUGAAAGCCAGUAACUACUUUAACCCUUGGUGAAUAUUUGGUUGGACUCAUCACGAUUAAAUUGCACACAUAUUGGGUGAUUUCUCAACAUGAAUCGUGCUUUUAGCAGGAAGAAAGACAAAACGUGGAUGCACACUCCUGAGGCUUUAUCAAAGCACUACAUUCCCUACAGCGCAAAGUUUCUUGGCAGUACAGAAGUGGAGCAGCCCAAAGGUACUGAAGUUGUGAGAGAUGCUGUUAGAAAGCUUAAGUUUGCAAGACAUAUCAAGAAAUCUGAAGGACAAAAAACACCAAAGGUUGAGUUACAAAUCUCAAUAUAUGGAGUGAAAAUCCUAGAUCCAAAAACAAAGGCUGAAGAAAUAACUUUAACAAUUGGGCAAGCAUUUGACCUGGCUUACAGGAAAUUUCUGGAAUCAGGUGGAAAGGACGUAGAAACAAGAAAACAGAUUGCAGGGUUACAGAAAAGAAUUCAAGAACUAGAAACAGAAAAUAUGGAGCUUAAAAACAAAGUACAAGAUUUAGAGAACCAACUAAGGAUAACCCAAGUAAAUUCAUCACCACUGCUGCACAUAAAGUCUGAUUAUGACCUCCACUUGUUUCAAAGACCCUCCUCCUUUUUCUGGUGUAGCACUGAAGAUGCCGCUCCUUGUUUAGAUAUCUCUUCCAUCACACUCACUCCCAUGAGCUCUCCUGGCUCCAGGCACUCAUCUGGACUGUUAACGCCACCCCCUUCCAAAAGUGGUCUUCCAAAGCCAGUCCAUGAAUUCAGCAUUCCGAGACCUCACGCAGGCAGUGUGACACCUAAAUCACCCUCCACUGACAUCUUUGAUAUGGUUCCCUUUUCUCCCAUGUCCCCCCAGUCAUCAACACCUACUCGCAAUGGCACACAGCCUCCACCAGUACCCAGUAGAUCUGCAGAGAUCAAGAGAGACCUUUUUGGAGCAGAACCAUUUGACCCUUUUAGCUGCGGAGCCGGAGAUUUCCCUCCAGACAUUCAGUCCAAACUAGAUGAGAUGCAGCGUCAACGAUGGAGGGGUUCAAAAUGGGACUAACUCUGGAAGGCACCGUAUUUUGUCUCGAUCCCCUAGACAGCAGGUGCUGAUGCAAGAACAAAAAUUUGGAAUAAUUGUAUGAUCGAUUUUUUUUACAAAAAAUGUUUGAAAAAUGUUUUACAAAAAAAAAAAUCCUGUCAAUGUGCCAAAAAUUGUUUUUCAACCCGUUAAUUUUUUGUGAGAUUUUCCUUCUGUAAACUCCAAAUAGGCUCCAGUAUUAGCCCUGUACAAAUGUAAAGAGCCUCCCUUGUAUACGAAAUCUCUUUGACGCCAUGCUGCUCAUCUGCUAUACUUGGUGCUGUGGGAACUUCUUUCCAUCUGUACCACUUUCUGUUGGCAGGCAAUAUCUUUUGAGAUCCUCACUGGAAACAGCAACAUUUUAAACUACAGUUGCCUCACUUGGACGCUAAUUAACAGUUGCCUAAUUUUCAUAGAGACCAUCACUUAGAGACCCCCAAAUUGGAAUGUCUGCUGCAUAUGACUGCAAGAAGCUCUGUUCACAUGGCCCCUUUCCUCUCUGUAACUGGAUUUGUGUGUGAACAACAUUUGCUGGUGUCGAAGCAAAUGGAAGCAUCCCCCGUGUGCAUCGGGAUCACUGGAUUGGAAUGCACUUGCUAGGUUGACUGGACAAUAACAUACCAGGUUAUCGUAACACCUGAAUGCUUUAAAUCAAUCACUAUUUUCAAACAAGCAUAGCAGUAAUGUUUGAAAAUGUUCAAUGUUGAGCACGUCUGGUUUGAUAUGCUAAGUUUGCUUCACAGUCAAAAGUAUGCUUGUAAUUGUAGGAAUUUCUUUCAAACAAGUACAUUUUUAAGUGGCAAUCACGCGAUAAGGAAUGGUCUAUUUUCUCCUUUAUGUUAAUAUGUAAGCAUGCCUGGGCACCUGAGCAUGUUUAGGAUUGGGACCUCACAGCCCACUUCUUAAGGUGCUUACUUGGAAGUCCUGUUGAAUUCAGGGAGGUUUAAUUCAUAGCAUACAUGAGGAGAUCUCUUUAGCUCGUCUCCUUAUACAUGGCUCCUGAAUAUGAUUUACCUAAAUUGUGAUAGGAAAGCCCAAGAUUUCUGAAGUCAGACCUCCUCUGGAAUGUUGUGAUUGCGUGCGUUGCGAUGUUAACAGCCCAGAGAAUAUUCUCAAGGCACGUGAUUCAAUUCUGCAUUGAAGAAAAUCGGAUUUACAGUGCCAUCCCAUACAGAGUUACACCCAAGUCCAUUUAAGCCAACAGAUGUCGAAGGGUGUAGUCCUGUUUAGGGUGGCACUGUCAGCCUUCUAAGCAGCGUCAAUAAAGGAAGGUUACUCUGCUUUGCGUACCGUAAUUCGUAUAAUUAUUAUGAAUGAACGGGAAACUAAUCUAGUUGGAUAUCCUAUAGCAACAAUUGCAGGUGAACAAUUUGGCCACAGUUGCUACGAAGAAGAUUACUCUGCAAUCCUCCCCUCUUGCUUGGGAGGAAGCACCCACAGAGGACAGCGAGACUCAGAUCCAAAUGAACAGGAUCCGUCGCGCGGAGUUUAUCAGAAGGGUGAAUUAGCUCAUCGUUGCUUGUCACCAAGCACAGAAACUGGUUGCCGAGAGCCAGCGUAUUGCUGCCAUUUCUAUGCAUAUUUUUUCACUAGCCUUUAAAUGAGCAAUAAGAGAACAUUGUCCUUUGCACAUUUCUUGCAUUCGCUUGAUCCGCUUCGUGUUUCCAUUGUUGCCAUACUCAUUCUCAAUGUUGAUCAAAAUAUACAACCUUCACUCCUGGGAAAGCUCCCCCCUCCUGUCAGGAUCCUUAUCUUUUCACUGAAAAGGCUAAAGGCAGAAGGAGGGAUCAGAGAAGAAAUGUAAGAUGUUAUUUUGGCGGUUUUAUUUUUGUGGGGGGGAAAGAACUAGUUUUCUGGUACUUGGGUUGCAAAAUAUAGUUUUUUGACCUUUUUAUUGCGAGGUUUACACAGAAAAUAGAAUACAUUUAUGCAGUAUUAUUACCUUGAAGCUAAGACCCAACCUUGGAGGAUACUUAAGCAGAUGGCCAAAGCACUAGGGAUUCUUUACUAGUUUAGGUACCUGCUUAGGUAUGUGGCUCCUCGUGAGUCUUUCCCGUUCUGCGUUGUGUUAAGUCUUCCUUCUUUAUCAUUUGGACAGCCUGCAUGUAUAUCUAUGUCUAUGGCCAGGAUCCAAUGGCAGUUGCGUACAAGCAUAGAAUGCUUCAGGAUGCGCAUAGGAAGAUGCCUGGUCUUACCCUUUGGGUUGCAAACCCUGGAGCAGGAUCACGUACCACUGUAGGAGCGGCAGUAGAAAAGGAGGCCCCAAAAGCCACUGUGUGCCACAGCCUGCUUUGAAUCCUGGCCCUAUAUGUCUGUUGAUAUAGAUAUAUAUGAGAUCAUUAAUAAGUAGAGGAGGCCAUGUUUCAUAGAAAGAAGUCUAUAAUUUUGUUUGUCAUAUAGUAUUUUGCAAUUUGUACAAUGAGGAUGUUUAGUAGCCACAUUAAUGGCUUUUUUAAACAAAUAGAAUUUGUAUUUUUUAUUGUACUUUAAACAAAAGCUUUACAUAAUAAGCAUAUAUUUAGGGUCCAUUUACUAUCGACGGUAACAAAACACUCAGAAGAUAUUUGCACAUUUUAAGAAAUCUUUGUUUUACUGAUUUUUAUUGUAAUUGAUUCUGCAAAUUGCUAAAUCGGUUCUGUCUGAUCGAUAAUCAAUGCAAGAAUGCCUAAAUUAAUUCAAUACAGAAGUACGUUUUUAAUGAAAAGGUUUAGUGCUUUGGUUGAAAUUUGUAUUUCUAUGUAAUCUCAACUGUGUUUAAUUUUGCUUCAAAUAAAUGUUUUAAAUAAU